ACUAUACCUGUAGAUUAACCCCAUUUAUAUUCUGGACUUGCCGCUAGAGUGGGGAGGGGGGUGGCCUGGUUGUUACCUCUGUCAAUACCUGGCAUUCCACUACGUAACAGUUAGGUUGCGAUCAGCUGUGAACGGUGCCGUUAGUAUUGAUCUCAAAGUCUUUCUGACACCAGGAACUUGGCCUGCCCUGGCUACAGAUCAUACAAUGGAUGAGUACAGUGUCCUGGCGCACGCGCUGGAUAUUUCAUGUAUUAUGUAAUAGACACGUGGUGUCCUGAGUUAUGUCGACUUCGGCGGAACAAUAUGUCCGGAUACAUUCCUGCUGCUACCAGUGUUCUUAUGUGUGCGUGUUCUUAUGAUAUGUGUGCGUGUUCUUUAGUGACUUCGUGCCUCUCAACCUUUCGGAUAGAUUACGAGGACUUGGAUAUAUAGUCUUUAAAGUUGGAUAGUUGGUUUUAAAGUUGUGCUUGUGUAAUUAGGUCAUUUGUUUUAACGAUUCUAGUAGACUCCUAUUCUCAUUGUGUGAAUUUCUUUCUCUCUCUCUCUCUAACUCUCUCUCUCUCUCAUAGUAUUUCGUAAUAGUCUUCCUUCUCCUUUGUUUUUUUUUUCUUCUAUUUUUACUGAGGAGUGUCUUCGUAACUCUCAAUACAUUAUUGUGAAUAGUCAACAAUGCCACACGAGUGUCAUAAAAAGACUUCUAGAAAUUUUGAGUUCAUCCAACAUAUAGGCCUAGAUCUAGUCGGUCACAUGAGUUCACGUGAUAGUUUCAUGUAACUUAGAACCGUGCCAUUAAUAUUUCUACAUUCAGUCAAUACCAAACAUCAUACGAUAUAGCAAAACUCAUUCAGUAUAUUCAUGUAAGUAGUCAACAUUGUCGCACGAGUGUCAUAAAACUUCCAGAAAUUGAGUCCACUCAUUUAGAUCUAAUCAGUCACAUGAAGUCAAGUGAUACUUCCAUUCUGUAACAUACAACCGUGUAUUUGAUAGUUCUGCAUUCAGUCGAUUCCAAACAUUAUAUGACAGGCCUAUAACUGUCCUUUUGCACUGCCUGUAAGUUGGUCUUCAAACAACUGUGUGUUACAGCAUGACAGUCCUAAUUGACGUAUCAGUCAAGGUGUUGUUCAUGAAUAAGGAAAGGUGAUGUCAUUUCACAGACUGCAGGAAUUCUGUAGCUUCACAUAGUUUAAUUUGAUACCAGAAUUGACUUUUUUUUAAAAAACUAUACUCUGAACGUGUGUGUGUCUGUAUGUCCAUUAACUUAUUCUUAUUUGGAUCAUGCUGUGCAUUACAUUUCUACCAUUGUAUUUGUCAUGAAGUCAUUGUCUUCGUCUGUCCUGGCGUCUAAUCGAUGCAUAGAGUCCAAGAAAUUAACCGUUGGUAAAAAUUAUUUCUGUAUUGAAGGAAAAUAACUGUGCGUGUAUACUUUCCAAAAUGUGGAUUAACUCCUUGCAACUCUAGCUUCAACAAUGAGCAGGCUCUUGGUUCCUCAACCUGACAACCAAGUGAAGUCUGCUCCCAGCAGUCCUCAAAUCAGGAAGUCUGAACACCACACUUUCUCCUUUCAUCAUAAAAAGAGUGAUUCUGUAAAGAACGGUAAGAAGAGUGAACACCAGGGCAAGAAAUCUGGCCACAAGUCCGUGGAGUCAUCAUUGCCCAGUCUGUGCGUAGAGGGCAAAGAGAAAUCUAAGACGUUGUCAGGGCAACAGGAGACACCAGGUCUGAAGAAGUCUUCGUCCACGGGAAACGGUCUGAAUAAACUCAUCAACAAAUUCAUUACGCCCCAGGUUUACAAAGUUAUUGUCAACUGCGAGGGAAGGUCUUGGUUUAUAUUUCGACGCUACAAUGAGUUCCAUUCACUUUACGAAAAGAUAAAAAAGCUUUUUCCAGAGGCCAACCUCAAACUUCCAGGGAAAAAGAUCUUUGGUAACCUUGACCCUGAGUUUAUACAGCACCGAAGAGAAGGAUUGGACGAAUUUAUCCGUAAACUUGUCACACACCCGAAACUCUGUCAGCACCCCGAUGUUCGACUGUUUCUAUCCUUAGACAACCCCAGGAAUGUACCAACUGUCUCUGUUGAUGUUGUUGAACCUGAGCGUGACGAGGAAGACCAGGACGCAAUGAAUGGCAAUAAAGAUGAUGAUAACCCAGUUAAUCUGGGUCCCAGUGAAAAAACAUCGGUCAAACCAAAAGACUUUGAGUUCUUAAGGGUUAUUGGCAAAGGAAGUUUUGGUAAAGUUUUACUUGCCAAGCACAAAGCUGAAGGGAAAAUUUAUGCUGUCAAAGUCUUGCAGAAACAAGCCAUCAUGAGGAGAAAUGAAGCUAAACAUAUUAUGGCUGAGAGAAAUGUUUUGCUUAAGAAUGUGAAACAUCCAUUCCUUGUUGGUCUCCAUUAUAGCUUUCAAACUCCUGAUAAACUUUAUUUUGUUCUGGAUUACGUUAAUGGUGGUGAGCUGUUCUUCCAUUUACAAAGAGAACGUUACUUUGCAGAACAUCGAGCCAAAUUUUAUGCUGCUGAGAUGGCAAGUGCAUUGGGCUAUCUUCACUCACUUAACAUUAUUUAUAGGGACCUCAAGCCAGAGAAUAUAUUACUUGAUUGUACAGGUCACAUAGUUCUAACAGAUUUUGGCCUAUGUAAGGAAGGCAUUGUUGGUCAGGGAACAACCUCCACAUUUUGUGGUACACCUGAGUAUUUAGCUCCAGAAGUGUUACGCAAGAAACCCUAUGACAAAACAGUAGACUGGUGGUGUUUAGGUGCUGUCUUGUAUGAAAUGUUAUAUGGUUUGCCUCCAUUUUACAGUCGAGACACAGCAGAAAUGUAUGAUAAUAUAUUAUUUAAACCGCUAAGAUUACGCACCAAUGUUUCUGCAGCUGGAAGGACAAUACUUGAAGGUUUACUUCAAAAAGAAAAGGAAAACAGACUUGGUGCCAAGAAAGAUUUUCUAGAGAUCCAGAACAAUGAAUUCUUUUCAGACAUUGAUUGGCAAGACCUUUAUGACAAGAAAAUUACACCUCCAUACAAUCCCAAUGUGUCAGGCCAUUUGGAUCUAAAGCAUUUUGAUCCUGAGUUUGUCAGAGAGCCAGUACCAGCUUCUGUUGGGAGAUCUGGAGGACAAAGCAGUAAGCUCGUGAGUGCCAGUGUUAUGGAAGCCGAUGGAGUUUUUGAAGGAUUCUCUUAUGCGCCACCAUCAGAAGAUGCUUUUGGAUGAAUAAUCUGGGUCCAGCUUUUAUUUUAAGACUGCAUGAAGUAUCUUUUGGAAAUUAAUCAGGAUUUGUUGUUGUUUUUAAAAGUCACUUUAAAAAAAAAAAUUCCUCAAUUUAAAAAAAAAAGUUGAUAAUAGAAAAUAUUAAGAAUGAUUUGAUUUUUGUCAUUCACAAGAGAUCAUAUAUGAAUCAUGUAUACACAUAUAUGUUGAAUGCAAAAGAAAAAACUAAUAAUUUAAGACAGCAAUAAUGUAUAUAUAUGUAUAUUUUUUUAACAACGCAAUUCUUUUUUAUGAAUGUUAUCCAUUGUGAAUAGACUGUGUGAAUGAUGUUUUGGUAUUGGCACAGAAGUUGAAGAAUCCAUUUUAUUUUCUCAGAAUUUCUGUUCAAGCCAAUCAGUGUUCAUAAUUUUUCAUUGUUCUACCACAGUGCCCUAAAAAAUGAUUGAAUCAUCGAUUUCUUUUUUUAUUGUCAUCAAUUUUUAAUGUCAGUUUUUCUAGAUUUGUAUUUUAGCUUCUUUUUAAGAAAGUAAUUUUCUUUUAAUAAUUUUUACCUUGGUUUUUGAAACCUUGUAAUUAAAUCAUGUUUGGUUGCUUCUUUGUAGAUAAAUAUCAAAGUUCUUUUAAAAAUCUUUUUAAGUAUAUCUUCUUUUAAUUCAUUAGUUUAUGCUAUAUGUAUUUUAAAAAUAGGUGGUAUUCAUUGAUAAAGCUGAAAUUAAAACACACUAUAUGAAUUAUAUUUCUUUGGGUUCAUCCUAAAUAAGAAUUAUCUUAAUUAUGCAUAGAAUUGAUUAUAAGAGAUAGCAGCACAAUCAUUUAAUGUCCUAGAUACAUUUAUAUUUAUGAUUUAAACCAGUGGUUCCCAAACUUUUUUGUCUCGUAGACCCCUUGCCAUGUUUUAAAGUUUUCGGUAGACCCCCCAGCAUUUUUUUUGAAAAUUCAUUAACUUCAGAUGUGCUUUUCUCACUGAUUACUAUGCGAUAUAUAUUUAUUGAUGACAUUCAAAGCAAAAUAAAGCAAAAUAAAAUUUAAUAUGCAUUACAAGAAGUAACUAAACAACAACAACAAAAAAAAAAACGCCUAUUGGUGGGCAGCUUUGAUAAUAAAAUGUCAAUCUUGGGCUUCAAUUUAGUUCGGGUUAACAUUCUAACAUUCUAUCUUCUCGAUUAGAUGAUGUCUGACUGAUUUAAAUUUGGAAAGUAAGAAAAUUUAUCAUAUUCAUUGUAUGCUUUAUUAAUUUAAUCCUCACAUGAAACACUGAGAUUAUGCCUUCGUGCUGAUCAAAUUUAGGUUAUCACAUUGUAGCUGCAAGUUAACCUCAUUCAAUUUAUGAAACAAGUUUGUGAAAUAGACUAUGUCCGAUUCCCGUUUAAUUUCUAUGUUUUAAAAUAGGAUCUUAGCAACCAAGAACUCAGAAAAAAAUAGUGUCAAAUAUCAUCAUCAUCAUCAUCAAACUCCAUUAGAGUGAGGGCUUGAGAGGCUCAAAUCCUCUCUUGCAAAAGCCCUGGACAGAAACCCUGCUGUCUUGCGUAGUGCAUGAAUGUCGCCAUACAGGUCGAGAAUUUUGGGUUUCCCAGACCUGUCGAGACGGAGAUCAGCAAGUCUGGGGCAGUCAAACAGAAUAUGAGGCACGGUUUCCUCUUCUUCCCCGCAGCGAGGGCACCAUGAAUCGAAAUUUGGCCAUAGCCACGAGAAAUAUGAGCCAACAGGACAGUGGCCUGUCCUGCACUGUGCUAUAAUAGCUUGCUCAGGCCUGGACAGCCUCCACCACGGGGAAGUGCGGUCAGGGCGCCUCAUGCGCUCCCAGACUCCACGGGCUUUUUGGGACUUGUCCCAGCACUCAAACCACUUUUCCAUUUCUGUUUUUUGUAUUAUAGCCAGGGCUUGAUGAAAGCUUACAGCCUGAUCAGUGGGUGGAAUUUGCCCUCCCUGGUGGGCCAAAGAGUCUGCGAUUGUGUUGCCAGUCACAACUAUGUGACUCGGUACCCACUGCAUUAUUACAGGGGUGCCAUAGCGUUGUUUGAUGUUAUGUGAAGCCAUGAUGACAGUGUUGAUAUUGGGGGGCCAUGGUCCGGGGCUUUGCAAAGCAUGUAGUACAGAUUUUGAGUCAGUGACCACAACAAUCUGUGUUGCCCUCAAAUGUCCCUCGCCGAGUUGAGAGUCAAUGACUUUUAAGGCUUCACAGACUGCCAUGGUCUCCGCAUCAAAACUGCAAACACUACCACAUGGUCCAAAGAUUUUGACUGUGUGAGAGCCAAGAAAGUCGAUGUAGGCUCCAUAGCCUGCUCUUCCAGAAUCUAUUGAUGCCGAUCCAUCAGUGUAUGCAAAAAUAGCACUGAGCUUGAAGGUAUUAAUGGUCUCCAGAGCUAGGAUUUGAAGGUCGUUAGAUGAACGGCUUUGCUUAGUGGCAUUAGGGUCUACUAAUUUCAAGCGUAUGUCUGGGGUUGUUGGGCAACACCAAGGGGGAAGGGGAUGAAAGCGUUGAAUGUUUUGUCGGUUGGUGGAGAGGCCAGCUUCAUCAGAUAGUCUAGUGGCAUGAUGCAUAAAAGACUGCAUCUGGAUACGUCUUCUGCAUCUCCAACCAUCCACUAGUUUUCUAGCUGGGAGGUAUUCAUCCAGCCUUUUAUACCGCUCAUAGCAGGUCAGUACUGACCUUUCCCUCCUAAGGGUUAGUGGAGCUAUAUUAGCCAUUAUUUCAGCCGCAUUCACUGGACUUGUCCUAAAGGUUCCACAGACAAAUCUUAGUGCUUGGGACUGUAUUUUAUCAAGUUGUUCAAGAGCAGUCCUAGAGCCAUAAAUUUGCACAGGUAGGCUGUAGUCUAUCUGUGAUCGGACUACUCCUAAAUACAGGGAUCGGAGCAUGUCUGCUCGGGCUCCCCACUUCGUGGAUGCCAGCUUCCGCACAAUGCAAAGUUUCCCUGAGGCCUUUCUUACAAUAUCCUGGUUUGCGAUCUAAAGUUACACCAAGGUACUUGGGUAGCUUUUCCAAGUGUCAAAUAUAAGCCUUUCGAAAACUAUCAUACUUCAGUGUGAAGGAGCAAUUGAUCAAAAUUUCAGGCAAAAAGCAAUUCUUUAUGAAUUUCUUGAUUCAUAACAAAAAUAUAAUAAUACCACUACAUUAUCAGGCAAGGUUAACUAGUCCAGCUUUUUAAAAAAGUAAAUCGUAAUAACAUGAUAACCAUUCAUUGUCCAAAAUUCAUUUCACCAUUACACCUUUGAACUGUAUUGUUGCUUAGAGGAAUUUUUAAUGAUAUCAGAUAUAGGAUUGUGUAAAACAGAUUAUAAAACCUCUUCAAUUGUUGGCAAAGUCAAUAUUUUGCUUAUAGUGUGCAUAUUUUUAGAGUUUGAUAUAAGCCUAAGUAAAUAUAUUGUAAGACGCUCACAAACAUAUUCUUUCCUAUGAUGUUUAAUCAACAUUUUUCUACUGUGGCUUAAUUCUGAAUUUAAAAGUUUUCAAAAUUAUUUCAAAUCUUAAUCUAUUUUAUUUCAUGUUGACUUUUCUCGAUGUUCCAGCUUCGAUGGUUUCAUAGCGACAUAGUUUCAAACUUUGUUACAUAAAAAUAAAGAACAAAUGCAAUAGUUGUUCAACAAAGAAAGAAUGAAGCCAAAUUUUUAAUAACCAACAAUUUACGGUCAACAUUUUAUUUUAUAUACUCGGCCAUGUAAAUUAUUACUUUCAUGUAGACACAAUUAAGGUAUUUAAAAAAAUACGUUAAAAUCUUUAAAUAAAAAAAAUCAUUCCACUAACAGGGUUGAAAUUCAAAGGAUUAACUAAGGUACAAAUCAUGUGUGAACGAGUCAAUUUCAUGAAUGGUCAUGCUUCAAUGAGAUCCGCCUUCGUAUACCCCCAUUAACAGGCCAUAGACCCCCAAUUUAUUUUUUUCACUUCCGUAGACCCCUUGGAAGUCCUCGUAGACCCCUGGGGGUCUAUAUAGACCACUUUGGGAAUCACUGAUUUAAACAAAUGCAAAACAAGGAAUGAAUGAGACUUCUCUUUCAUUUCUCUUGCCAUGUUUGCUGUCGAGUCAAUUCUGAACAUGCUUUAAUCUUGUUUAUUUUUGUUAGGGUAUAAGAGAAAGCAUUGUUCAUCUCUUCAUUUGAUUUAGGACCAAAUCUGAGUUUAUAGUCUUCCACUUUUACAAAGCUUGUACCAUUUCUGGAUGUACUCAAUAGAUCAUUAUUUUGUUCUAAGGUAGAUAAAUGAAAAAACAAACAAGAAUCAACAUAUUAACCAUGUUGCUUUUUUUUUUUAUUUACUUACUAGAUAUUUCCCUUUUUUUUUUUCUUGUCAUUCUGCAUUCUUUUAUUUUCUCUUAUGUCUAUCCACAGGAUUUUAUUCUAUUUAACAUUUGCUUCAUUGAAUCUAAUAAUACUAUUUCCAUUGAGUCUAAUACUAUUUCCAUUGAAUCUAAUACUAUUUUAUUUUAUCUGAUUUGUACUAAAAGAUGUUUGUUUAUUUUUAAACAUGUCUAUAUCUCUUUCUUUUUGGCUGUGGGUUUUAAAUAAACUAGUCUGGAUUUAAAAACAAAAAGGCUUGCUAAUUUCAUUCAAUGAUAGCAAAUUUUUGCAAGUGAUAAUUUAUUGAACAUUUACAAUCAAAUUAUUUGAUUUUUAUUGAUUGUAUAUAGUUUUGGUAGUAUCUGUAUAUAUAAUUUGAUUGUUUAUAUUGAAUCAGUUACAAUUGAAACUGUUUUGACUAUGUACAUGUUAAAAUGUAUAUAUAUAUAUAUAUAUAUGGGUUCAUAUAUAUAUGUAUAAUGUUGCCCUAAACAAAAAUUAUUGAAAUCAAAGCCUGCUCAUUCUUUCAAGUGAUAUAUAUACACUAGUGCAAAGUGUGCGAGUGCAUGUAUGUUUUGUAAAUGUGUUUAAGUGGUCAUGCAUUUUGACUGCAUUGCUGAAUUGGAUUGGUGACAUUGUUUUAUUGUAAGAAUAAAUUGGUCAUGAUUCUCUGCAGUCUAUGAGCUCUAUUUAUGUAUGUGUCUAACAUGCACAAAAUGAUAGGAAUAUUCAGUACCUUUUUUUUUAGUUAAAUAUUUAGUUACAUAAAUGAAUUAUUAUGUUUGCACAUAAUUACAUACAUUUUGUUUGUGUCUCAAAAUGAGGCUAGGAACAACUGUAUUAUAACUUCCACCAAUGACUUGAUACUGUAGUAAGUGAGGGAAAAAAAAAAAAAUUUAACAGUCAACAUUUGGCCAACAAUUCAAUUGAUGUAUUUUACUGUCAAUGAUUAUACAUUCCCAUUAGACCUUGCCUCAAUGAAAUAAUUCUUUGAUAAUAAAUGACUUAUAUUUUUACACCUUUGCUGACAUGAAUUGAGACAAGUUUGUUCAAAGAAUGUCAUUUGAUGUUUGCCCAGACCUCAAGACAUGUGAUGUAUGGUAUAAGUGUUUGUCAUUGGAAAAUAAACAAUUUAUUUCAAAAUGA